AUGUUUAAAUAUAUUUUCUUAACAUUGGCAGUACUUGCCAUUACCACUCACUUGGUCGAAGCAAAUGCUGGUUUUAUCACUCCACUACCAAGAAUUAAAUGUACCGAGAAGGAUCAUGCAGGUUGUAAUAUUAAAACUCCAUGUGUAACAAGAUCUACACCAAUGGUUAAUGCCGUUUAUUUCAAAGAAGCAAUUAGUAUUGCUAUCUACCAAAAGGAUUCUCAUGCCACUUCCAACUCAACCAAUACCUAUACUAUCCAAUUUUUCCCAGAUGGUUCCGAUACCGGUUACCAAUUGACUACUUUCAACCAGAACAAGAAUAUGACUGAUAAGACCAGCUACAAGUUGACCAUCGAUCCACUCAGCACCUUUGAAGACAUGAGAAACGAAGAGAUCGUUCCAUUCAAGGAUGGUAUCUCAUUGGGUUAUCUCCAAAUGACAUUCGAUACUCGUGUCAAUGGUGUCAACGUUUCCUACUAUUCAUGCGCCGACGUUAUGAUCUCCAAAGAGAAGAUCGCUCCAUCCAAGGGUUCAAUCUACACUGUCAACGGUGUCAUCACUGUUGCCGACCCAGAGAAUGGUGAUCCAAUCGGUAACUCCAACAUCGAUGCCCGUAAUCAAACCAUCGAUCUCCAAGACUUGGUAAAUGUUGAAGAUCAAGCCAAGAAAGGAAACUCUGCUGAAGUCAAUGCUGACCAACAAAGUGAAGCUUCAAAUCACAAAGAUAAGAACUCUGCCAUUGGAACCUACUCCACCUCCAAUGUUUUCAUCAUUGUUACCACUAUUACUUCACUCUUUUUAUUCUCCAGAGUUUGGAACUAA